AUGGCUGAACAAAUCCCAUUCAGCAUUGCAGAAAACUUACUAACAAAGUUGGCCUCAAUUGCUUCUGAAGAAGUUACUUUGGUGCAUGGCUUCAAAAAGGAUCUUAGGAAGCUUCAAAUUACUCUCUCCACCAUCAAAGCAAUACUUGUGGAUGCUGAGGAGAAGCAAGAGGAGAGCCUUGCAGUAAAGAACUGGGUAAGGAGGCUUAGAGAGGUUGUCUAUGAUGCAGAUGACUUGUUCGAUGAUGUAGCAACUGAAGGUUUGAGAAGGAAGGUUGAAGGUGAGGGAAGAAUGGUUAGGAAGGUAUGCGACUUCUUUUCUUCCUCAAAUCAAAUUGCAUUUCGUUUCAAGAUGGGUCAUAAUAUUAAAGAUAUUAGAGAGAGGCUAGAUGAAAUCGCCAAAGAAAUAUCUGACUUUGGCUUUAUAAUUAGGAAGGAAGUUGGAGUAUGGUUUGGUGGCUUAGGAAAGACUGCACUUGCCCAAUUAGUGUUUAAUGAUGAGAAAGUAGUGAAUUAUUUUGAUUUGAAGUUAUGGGUAUGUGUUUCUGAGGAGUCAAAUGUUGAAACACUGGUUAAACUCAUCCUUAAAAGUGCAGGCAAUAAUGAAGUGCCCAACUUGUCUUUGGAACGGUUACAAAUUCGCCUUAGACAAUGUUUAGAAGGCAAAAAGUACUUGUUGGUGUUGGAUGAUGUGUGGAACGUGAACAAUAGGAUUUGGAGUCAAUUGAGGAAAUAUUUGAUGGUUGGUGCCAUAGGGAGUAGAAUUUUAGUAACUACUCGCAGUAAGAGGGUUGCUUUAGCUAUGGGUGUAGACUCUCCGUAUGCUUUACAGGGUCUAACAGAAGAUCAAUCAUGGGAUCUAUUUGAGAAGCUAGCAUUUAGAGAGGGAACAGGAAGAGUGAAUUCAAAUCUAAUAGAAAUUGGGAAAGAAAUUGCAAAGAAGUGCAAAGGAGUUCCACUUGCAAUUAGAGCUAUAGGAGGCAUAAUGCAACUAAGAAGUAGUGAAAGUGAAUGGUUGUCUGUCCUAGAAAAUGAGUUGUGGAAGGUCUUCGAGAGUGAUGGUGAUAUUAGUCAAGUGUUGAAAUUGAGUUAUGAUGUCUUACCGUACCAUUUAAAGCAGUGUUUUGCAUACUGCACAAUGUUUCCAAAAGACUAUGAGUUUCGUAAGGAUAGAUUAAUUCAGUUGUGGAUGGCACAAGGCUAUGUUCAGUCUCGGGGUCAAAAUGAAAAUGAAAAUGCAGAGGAGAUUGGGGAAGGAUACUUCAAUGAAUUGUUAUUUAGGUCAUUUUUCCAAGAGUAUAAUUAUUGUUAUAAAAUGCAUGACCUUAUCCAUGACCUUGCACAGUCAAUAGCAGGGGAUAGUUGUUUUGUAGCUAAUGAUAAUACUAAAUUUCCUGAUAGAGUCCAACAUGUGUUUUCUGGAAAUUUGUCUUUUGAGGAAUGCUUCAGGCAGCUAAAAAAUAAAGGAUUGAGGACACUGUUUUGUCCAUGUUUUUGUGAUGGAUUAAGGUUGAAUUUAGAUAGUAUCUUUUCAAAUUGUAGGAGCAUACGUGCUUUGAGUUUUGGAAGGAAUAUCUAUGGAUUGCCAGAUUCAAUUGGAAAGUUGAAAUACCUGAGGUAUCUUGAAUUUUCUAGUUCUAAAAUCAGUUCACUUCCAAACUGCAUUUGCAGCUUGUAUAAUUUGCAAACUCUAAUACUCUGGGAAUGUUGGGGUCUUAAAGAAUUACCUACAGACAUGAGGAGAUUGAUUUGUCUCAGACAACUUAUUAAUAUUGGUUGUAGUAGGCUUGAAUUCAUGCCAUUGGGGUUGGGGAGAUUAACAAAUCUGCAGACUUUGUCAACUUUUGUUGUGGGAACUUUGGAGUCCAGCCUAGUAAAUUUCAAGGAAAAGAAACACCUUCAGUGCUUAAGAUUAAGGUGGGAUGGCAGAGGAGAUAGCAAUAGUGGAAAUAGUGAGUUGUUGUUGGAUAACCUACACCCUCACCCGAACUUGAAAGAAUUGAACGUUGUGUGCUAUGAAGGUGUGAGGUUUUCAAAUUGGCUUUCUUCUAUCACAAAUCUCGUCAAUAUUACUUUAUAUAAAUGUCCGAAAUGUGAGCAUUUGCCGCCAUUGGACAAUCUGCCUUAUCUGGAAAUUCUCAAUCUUAGCUAUUUCGAUUCUCUGGAGUACAUAUCCGAUGAAUAUAAUUUAUUCUCUUCUUUAUCUACAUCAGCAGCAACAUUCUUUCCAUCUCUAAAGAUUCUUAAACUCGAUGUUUGCCCUAAUGUGAAAAGGUGGUGGAGAACACGUAUGGAAGCAAAGAUGGUGCCUCAAUUUCCUUGUCUUUCUAAAUUAACCAUCGCGAAUUGCCCUAACCUCACUUUGAUGCCAAUGUUUCCAUCACUAGACAUGGAGCUUCAUCUUUCCUAUGCCCACAUAAGACCAUUGCAUUAUACAUUGCAGAUGUCUGCAACGGCUUCUGCAGUACCAUCAACCUCUUCUUCAGUUACUUCUCCUUUUUCCAAAUUAAAGACUCUGUGGUUACAGGGUAUUGAGAAUCUAGCAUCUCUACCUGGAGAGUGGAUGCAGAACCUCAGCUUCCUUGAGAAACUAUUUCUUAGCUACUGCAUGGAAAUUAGUGAUGAGGAUGAGCGUGGCAUAUUCAAAUGGAGAUAUCUUGUUAGUCUUCGAGAUCUCUCUCUCUAUAAUCUUUCAAAUCUGGUGUCUCUACCAAGGGAGCUUCAAUAUGUUACCACCUUGCAACGUCUCUCUAUCCACGAAUGUUCUAAUUUGAGGGCUUUGCCUAACUGGAUAGGCAACCUCACAGCACUCGAAAAUUUAAAUAUCCACUACUGCUCUAAAUUGAAAUCGCUACCAAGAGGAAUGCGUCAAAUCACCACUUUACACAAGUUGAGUGUUACCCGUUGCCCCCAUUUGUCUGAAAGAUGCGCACAUGAUAUGGCUGCAGAUUGGCCCAACAUUUCUCACAUCCCAAAUAUCCAGAUAAAUGGAAAUGAUAUUCAAAGGGAGGGCCGUGAAUUUUCUGAAUUUUCUGAUUCGGUCUCUCCUGAAUUAUUUGAGAAUAAGAUAGUGGAAGCCAUGAAUUCCCAGAUUCUUUGA